AUGAAGGGCCUGGUUUUGAUAUUAACGCUGGCUUUAAUAGCCAACCGCAUCAAUGAAAUCUAUGGUCUGGCAAUGGAAGGGCAUGUUGCCCACUUGGGAAGAUGCAAGUGCUUAAGGGUCGUUUCGAUGUUUUUUGGUCCCAAGCAAGUGAAAGCCAUUCAGGUCAUCCCCAGAGGAAUUCACUGCCGAAGAACUGAGGUCAUAUUUACUCUGAUAAACAGAUGGAAAUAUUGUGUCCACCCUGACACUCCUUGGGUGAUUUCAUUGCUUCAAAAGUUGACCCAGAGGGGUGAACACAUCCUUCAGAUGUCUUGA